AUGUCAGACGAAAGAACUUUUAUUGCUAUUAAACCAGAUGGUGUUCAAAGAGGUUUAAUCUCUUCAAUCUUAGGUAGAUUUGAAAAUAGAGGUUAUAAAUUAGUUGGUAUUAAAUUAGUUCAACCAACUGAAUCAUUAUUAAGAACUCAUUAUGAAGAUUUACAAGAAAAACCAUUUUUCCCAUCUUUAUUAUCUUAUAUGUUAUCUGGUCCAGUUUUAGCUACUGUUUGGGAAGGUAAAGAUGUUGUUAAACAAGGUAGAGCUAUUUUAGGUGCUACCAAUCCUUUACAAAGUGCUCCAGGUACUAUUAGAGGUGAUUUUGCUGUUGAUAUGGGUAGAAAUGUUUGUCAUGGUUCUGAUUCUGUUGAAUCUGCUAAAAAAGAAAUUGAUUUAUGGUUCAAAAAAGAAGAAUUAGUUGAAUACAAACCAGCUUUAUUUGGAUGGAUUUAUGAAUAG